GUGAGCGGAAGUCACAUGGUUUGUUGCUGUGACUCGCUGCAGACACUCUCAGGCUCUCUGUUGAGCUGCAGCUACAUUCAGAACUCCAUUGGAAAUCCUGCUAAUUUAAAGCGCAGCUAAACGGCUAACUGACCCGCGGGCUACAGCAGCCGGAGUGCCGCUGAGCAAACUGCUACAGGCUAAUGAACCCAGUGUGAUGUAGGCGCUGCUUGCUCGGCCACCAUGGCCAGUGUCACGCUGAGGUACUUCUGCUACGGCUGCCUCGUCACCUCGGCCACCUGGUCCGUCCUGCUGCUCCUCUACUUCUCUCUGGGGGCCGAGCCCGGCCGCGGCAGGACCCCCUUGCAGCACCGCAGCCAGCCGAUCACCAGGGGCCUGGUAGAGCGGAGGGUGGGGCGCCGGCCUCUGCCGGCCAAUAAGGGAGCAGAGCUGUCGCCGGAGAUGGGGAUGAUAUUUAACGAAGCGGACCAGGAGCUGAGGGACUCUGGUUACCAUCGACAUGCCUUCAACGUCCUCAUCUCCACCAGACUGGGGGCGCACAGAGAGCUGCCCGACACCAGAGACCCCCAGUGUCGGGAUAAGGUGUACCCUCUGGCUCUACCUUCUGCCAGCGUAGUGAUCUGUUUCUUCAACGAGGCGUUCUCCGCCCUGCUGAGGACCGUCCACAGCGUGCUGGACCGAACGCCGGCCUUCCUGCUGCACGAGAUCAUCCUGGUGGACGACCACAGCGAACUCGAGGAGCUGAAGGACGACUUGGAUCUCUGCGUCAGGAAGGAGCUGCAGGGUCGAGUGAAGCUGGUGAGGAACCAGAGGAGGGAAGGACUCAUCAGAGGACGCAUGAUAGGAGCCUCACAUGCUACUGGUGAGGUGCUGGUGUUCCUGGACAGUCACUGUGAGGUGAACCAGGCGUGGCUGCAGCCUCUGUUGGCCCCCAUCCAGAGGGACCGGCGCACCGUCGUCUGCCCUGUCAUCGACAUCAUCUCCGCCGACACACUGUCAUACUCACCCUCUCCCAUCGUCAGGGGGGGCUUCAACUGGGGGCUGCACUUCAAGUGGGACCCCGUCCCCCCCGCUGAGCUCAACGGGCCUGAGGGAGCCACCGGACCAAUCAGGUCUCCCACCAUGGCUGGCGGCCUCUUCGCUAUGAACAGGAAGUACUUUAAUGAGCUCGGCCAAUACGACGCCGGCAUGGACAUCUGGGGCGGGGAGAACCUGGAGAUCUCCUUCAGGAUCUGGAUGUGCGGCGGGCAGCUGCUCAUCGUGCCCUGCUCCAGAGUCGGUCACAUCUUCAGGAAGAGGAGACCCUACGGCUCGCCGGGGGGGCAGGACACCAUGGCCCACAACUCCCUGAGGCUGGCACACGUGUGGAUGGACGAGUACAAGGAGCAGUAUCUGUCCCUGCGUCCGGAGCUACGUGAGCGCAGUUACGGGGACAUAGGUGAACGUGUGGCGUUGAGGAAGCGUCUGCAGUGUCACGCGUUUCGCUGGUACCUGGACACCGUGUACCCCGAAAUGCAGACCGUUGCCAAUGGGAACAAGCAGCAACCGGUGUUCAACAACAAGCUGAGACGAGCCAAAGUCCUGCAGAGAGGACGGCUCCGUAACCUAGCAACCGGGCGUUGUCUGGUGGCGCAGGGCCGAGCCAGUCAGAAGGGGGGGAUUGUUGUUCUGCGACCGUGUGACCCCCAAGACCCCGAGCAGGACUGGGCCUAUGAUGAGGAGGGUCAGCUGCUCCUCGCUGGUCUGCUGUGUCUGGAUGUUUCAGAGGUUCGGACCUUCGACCCCCCCCGACUGAUGAAGUGUCACGGCUCGGGGGGGUCGCAGCAGUGGAGCCUGGGGAAGUCUAACCGGCUGUACCAGGUGUCGGUUGGUCAGUGUCUGUCCGUUGCUCAACCAAUCGGGCCCAAAGGUGUAGUCUCCAUGGCGAUCUGCGAUGCGUCGGAGGCGCAGCAGUGGCAGCUCGAGGGCUGAGAGACGUUUUUAUUGACACUUUUAAUGUUCUCAAUCUUCUCUGUUUGUUCCUCUCAGGACGACUUUAAUGAACCAGCAGAUUUUAUUUAGUUUUAUGUUUUCAGCUCCAGAAUCCUGGAAUAUCCAGGGAUGUUUUACAUUUUGGAUCGAGGGUUUCCAGGAACCUGCAGGAUUGUAUUUUUCUGUGCCUGUUGAGAGAAAAGGAUGAACUAUGAACACUAAGCGCUGAUGUUUUAUUUAUUAAGAGAUUAUCACAUGUUUCUGCUUUUUAAACUAUCCUGGAUUCAUCAGCUGUGAAGGAGCCGAUGUUUUUACCUGUCAGGAACUUACCUGUGUGACGUCAGGAGGUGACAGUAUUACAGACGCUUUUAAAGUUUGUCUUUGUGUCGUUUCAUCAUCAAUAAAUCUUUAACAAAGA